CAAUAGAUGAAGUAGUACAAUAAUUUGGGAAUCGUCUAUUGGUUGCUUUCCAACGAUACUAGGUGGUCAAGUCUGGUUACAUAUUUCUCUAGUACUGUAUUGUGAUUGUGUGUGUCUUUGUGGUGUUAAAUAUAUCAACAUGUUUAAAAAAUUCGACGAGAAGGAAAGCAUAUCCGGCGUGCAGCAGCUGAAGUCGUCGGUGCAGAAGGGCAUCCGGGCGCGCCUGCUGGAACUCUACCCACACCUCGACAACUACAUCGAUCAAAUACUUCCUAAGAAGGAUACUUUCCGCAUCGUCAAAUGUCACGACCACAUCGAGAUCAUGGUGAACAGUGCUGGCGAGCUGCUUUUCUUCCGUCAUCGGGAGGGACCGUGGAUGCCUACAUUGCGACUCCUUCAUAAGUAUCCCUUCUUCCUGCCCAUGCAGCAAGUGGACAAAGGCGCGAUACGUUUCGUGCUGAGCGGCGCGAACAUCAUGUGCCCCGGCCUGACGUCCGCCAACGCGCGCAUGUCCACCGUCGACAAGGGGCAGGUGGUCGCCGUCAUGGCGGAGGGCAAGGAACACGCACUCGCCAUAGGGACCACCGUGUUGUCCACUGACGACAUAGCAAAGAUUAACAAAGGAGUAGGCAUAGAGAACUGCCACUAUCUCAACGAUGGCUUGUGGCAGAUGAAACCAGUGAAGUAAUUUCCACUCAGCCAGAUCGCAGCACUUUCGUUUACUUUAAUUUAUUUCUUAAGUAUUUUUAAAUAAACUAUACGUACAUACGAA